GCGCACGCACCUCUCGUGGGGACGAAAGAGAGACCGACGUGUGAUUUCUCUUUGUACUCAUUGAAGAGUUGAGGCCGGCUCUGUCUCUGCUGCUUUGCAUUUUUUAAAAAUAUAUAAGCAGGGUCUGCAUGUUGUAAAUAACCCGAUAAGUCGGUUACACUUUACGCUUUAACGUAAGCGUCGGUCUCUUUUGUGUUGUGGAAGCGGACAUCCUCAAAUGUCCCUUUGAGCGAUUUUUGGGCAACAAAAGCAUCAGGUCCGGCGUCGUUUCUUCCUCUCCGGAAAGAUUUCAAGUCGCGUAUUCAUCAGCCGGGGUUGCUCAGUGAGGAAAAACACAAGACUCUCAGACCGCUUUUAACCACCCCCUUUUCACACUUCCACACCUCCGGGGGGGAAUCUUCUUUCUUCCCAAAACCAAGCGACAAUGGCAGCUGUAACAAGCCCGGAAACGAGCCCUCAACCCCGGGUAUAUUUCCAGACGCCGGCCGGCACCACAGAGGAACCGGAGACACCCGUUAGGAAGCAGGGACGCGUUACCGUCAAAUAUGACCGAAAGGAGCUGAGGAAGAGACUGAACCUGGAGGAGUGGAUUAUCGACCAGCUAACGGACCUCUACGACUGCGAGGAGGAGGCCAUUCCAGAGCUGGAGAUAGAUGUGGAUGAACUGCUGGAUAUGCCCAGUGAUGUCGAACGAGCAGCCAGGGUCAAGGACUUGUUGGUUGACUGUUUUAAACCUACCGAGGACUUCAUCUCAGAGCUGCUUGACAAGAUCCGAGGAAUGCAGAAGCUCUCCACUCCUCAGAAGAAAUGAUGAGGUCCUUCUUUGUCCAACAUAUUCUUUUCCUCUUCAGCCCUCACCUCUCGUCUUCCUGCCACAACCCACUUUUGCGUUUUAACGUCAGCUUUCAUUCACUGAAAACCAUGAAAUGUUACAAGUGAACCUUGUCCCCCCUUCUGGUUAGACCCUCUGCUGUACUUUAGGGUUGCCUGGAUUGAGCGCCACAUGUCACUUUUCUUCCUUUUUUAUUGGAAUUAGUUUUGUUUUGGACUUUCUAUAUUCAUAAAAACCAUCAGCAAAGAGAAUAAAGUAAAGGAAAGAAUGAAUCAUUCUGAAAGUGACUUCUUAAUGAUCUUAAUCCAGGCCCCCACCUCCUCCCCUUUUCUCUACUGCUACAUCCCUUGCAGCCAUUAUUUGGCUCUAUUCUUCCUCACCCAGCUCUUCUCCUCCUACCCUCAUCUGCUCUACCCUUCAUCUGUCAGAGGAAGAGGAGGAGAAGAGCUGAGUCCCAUAAUUACUAAAAACAGGGCGGCUGAGUGUGUAGAAAAAGAACAAGAGACCGAACAGCCAAAGGGAAAAAAAAGAGUUGAAGGGUGAAGAUGAAGGAUGUUGGAAGGAGAAAGCAGGGCCUAAUCAUGGCUUAUCUUUCCACCAGUUAGAUUCCUUAUGUUGUUAUUUAAGUGGUUAACUUGUAAAUGACCGAGCUACCAAUCAUAUAUCUUUAGUAUUUUCCUGGUUUAGUUUGAGGGCAUGAUGAUCAUAACUUCACUUAGGUUUCCUCUUUUUUUUUUCCUUUUUGUUUCUUUGUUUUUUGAUUACUUUUGUGGGUGGUGGGGGGGUCAGUACAGUCUUUGAUAAUUCUCCUCCUUAAACGGAGGCAUUGCUGCAGUGGUGCAUUUAAAGACUGUUUUCUUUUUGUGUGUGUCUGUUGAAAAUCUGCACUGUGUCAUUUUGGGGAAGAAAAUAUGAACUUCUGACCACAAAGAAUAAUGCAUGGUGUAUAUUUAGUACAGCAACAAGGAAAAUUUGAUGCCUGGAAAUGGUGAUUGAACCUUUUAAAAAAAAAAAAAGAAAAGCCAGUGGUUGGCUGCAGUGGCCACAUGGCCAGACCAGUUUUAGACAGAAAAAAAAAAUAAAACACUGAUCUUGAUUUGAAGCUAGACCAGAAGUAGGUUUGUUUAGGCUGAAUGUGAAUUUUUGUAGAAUAAAAAGUACGUUUUCUUUCCUCAAAUGUGUAGUACAGCCACAAGAGACUCUUCAGAAGCCACUGCUGUCCAGCCUGCACAUACACAUGUAUGUCUGUGUUGCUAAAUGCUAUUAGUGUAUGUUGCUACAUAAUGUACAGCAACAUCUGUUAUAGUAUGGAGUGUUUUUUGGGCCUGUAUAUUCUGCUGUUCUGUAUGACCAUUUCUUUGUUUGUUUUCCUGUAUAGGACUGGUUCCUAUUUUUCUUUCAUUUUUUUUCUUUCUUUCUUUUUUAUUUAUUUAUCUUUUUUGCUCUCUCUCUCUCACACACACACACACACACACACACACACACACACACACACACUUGACUGUCUAAAAGGGGACCCCAGAACUAAGCUGCCUUUUUUAAUCACAGUACCCAAACCUGUCAACUCUUUCUCAUCAUUUCUCACUUUUCCAAGAAGAUACUAACCAUCACUUCAUGUUUUUGAAAACAUUUGUGAAGCUCCCUCCUCUGCCUGUCAUGUCCGUAGACCCACCACUAAGAUGUCUGAAUAGGAGGGAGGCCAUUGUUUAUAAAUUAAGCUGCUUUAAUGUGUUCACUCUUUCUCUCUCUCAGACACGCAUGGGCCACCUUGGGGUGGAGGAAACACACUAGCAAACACAGCUGCCUCUGUGGCAGAUGUGCCCAUGCACCAGGUGCAGAGAGAAAGCGAGACGGGUUCACAGUUGUCACAGAAUUUGUGUUCCUUCACUGCAGCUGCCAAUCAUCUCCAAGAAUAAGCCAUCUGUUUCUGAUCCUGGGCCAAUCAGAUCCGACACUGAAGCCCAUUGGUCAACUGCAGAAGCAGUAACAUUCGCCGUGAUUCCUGUGACUGAUUACUAACACCUGCAGUGACAGCAGACCUUCACUGUCUUCUGUCAGCACACACACACACACACACACACACACACACACACACACACACACAGAGGCUUUGGCCCAUUUUCAUCCUGCUGCUCUGUCAUUUCUCCCAUUCAUUUCCACCCUUUUGUCCACCCUUUUUCUCUUCUUUCCCCAGUUUCCUUUUUUAAACAGAUGUUGCCUUAGGUGUUAUUUAUGUUACAUAAAACCAAAUAAACAGGAGACAUCCAUUUUUUUUUAAAAAAAAAGGUAACACAAAUUGUGUUACUGAGCAAAACUACAGCGUGUGGGGAAUCUUGGACCUUAUGUCGCUCCUUGCUUUGAGAUUCUUCUUUUUUUUUUUUAGCAGUGAGUGUUUAAUACUUAGGCCUUGAUACAGUGAUUCUGUUUAGAUAAACAAUGUUAUUUGCAUUGACCAUUUGAAUACUGGUCUAUUUUUAUUGUGAUCAUGACACUUCUUGAUGCCAGGCCUUGGAUUAACAUGUAGUUUAACAGAAAUCCAUUCAGAUGCAUUUUGGUGCGAUUGCUUUUGCCUUUUCUAUUGGUGUUUCCAGAUCGAGCGCUUUACCGUUUUUUGGGUGGGGGUGGGGGGGUGGUCAGCUUGAACCAGGCAAGUUCAAUCAGUAGCUGAAUUUGAGUGGAUUUUCAUUUUUAAAUCCAGGUUUGGAUGAUACCUUCAUAGACUGUUAUUGACAAGUCUCUUUUUUUACUGUUGGGAAAAAUUGCAAAAAACAAACAAAAAAAAAAACAAUUAUAUAAACUGAUUAUUAUCAUUGAGGCUAAAUACAAGAGCUAAAUCAUGCAGACUGGAGGAGUUGUGGUGUUUUGUUUUUUCACAAUGAUUUGACAAACCAACAAACAAAUGUAGCAAUAUCAACAACAGGUCUUGUUUUUGCCCAAUUUUGUUACACUUUUAUGCAACUUUAAUAAAAACAUGAAAACUU